AUGAGACUCCCCAAAGUCCUCACUUUCUUGCUUUGGCACCUGGCUUGGCUGGACCUGGAAUUCAUCUGCACUGUGUUGGGUGCCCCUGACUUGGGCCAGAGACCCCAGGGGGCCAGGCCAGGAUUGGCCAAAGCAGAAGCCAAGGAGAGGCCCCCUCUGGCCCAGAACAUCUUCAGGCCGGGGGGUCACAGCUACGGUGGGGGGGCCACCAAUGCCAGGGCAAAGGGGGGCACUGGGCAGACAGGAGCCCUGACACAGCCCAAGAAGGAUGAACCCAAAAAGCUGCCCCCCAGAUCGGGUGGCCCUGAACCCAAGCCAGGACACUCUCCCCAGACAAGGCAGGCUGCAACGCGGACUGUGACCCCAAAAGGACAGCUUCUUGGGGGUAAGGCACCACCAAAGACAGGAUCUGUCCCCAGCCCCUUCCUGCUGAAGAAGGCCAGGGAGCCUGGGUCCCCUCGAGAGCCCAAGGAGCCAUUCCGCCCGCCCCCAAUCACGCCCCACGAAUACAUGCUCUCGCUGUACAGGACGCUGUCCGAGGCUGACAGAAAGGGAGGCAACAGCAGCGUGAAGUUGGAGGCUGGCCUGGCCAACACCAUCACCAGCUUUAUUGACAAAGGGCAAGAUGACCGAGGUCCUGCGAUCAGGAAGCAGAGGUACAUGUUUGACAUUAGCGCCCUGGAGAAGGAUGGGCUACUAGGGGCCGAGCUGCGGAUCUUGCGGAAGAAGCCCUCGGACACAGCUAAGCCAGUGGCCCCCGGCAGUGGGCGAGCUGCCCAGCUGAAGCUGUCCAGCUGCCCCAGCGGCCGACAGCCGGCGGCCUUGCUGGAUGUGCGUUCCAUGCCAGGCCUGGAUGGAUCUGGCUGGGAGGUGUUCGACAUCUGGAAGCUCUUCCGAAACUUUAAGAACUCGGCCCAGCUGUGCCUGGAGCUGGAGGCCUGGGAACGGGGCCGGGCCGUGGACCUCCGUGGCCUGGGCUUUGACCGGGCUGCCCGGCAGGUCCAUGAGAAGGCCCUGUUCCUGGUGUUUGGCCGCACCAAGAAACGGGACCUGUUCUUUAAUGAGAUUAAGGCCCGCUCUGGCCAAGAUGAUAAGACCGUCUACGAGUACCUGUUCAGCCAGCGGCGAAAGCGGCGGGCCCCACUGGCCACACGUCAGGGCAAGCGGCCCAGCAAGAACCCCAAGGCCCGCUGCAGUCGGAAGGCGCUGCAUGUCAACUUCAAGGACAUGGGCUGGGACGACUGGAUUAUCGCGCCCCUGGAGUACGAGGCCUUCCACUGCGAGGGGCUAUGUGAGUUCCCCCUGCGCUCCCACCUGGAGCCCACGAACCAUGCAGUCAUCCAGACCCUGAUGAACUCCAUGGACCCUGAGUCCACGCCACCCACCUGCUGUGUGCCCACGCGGCUGAGUCCCAUCAGCAUCCUCUUCAUUGACUCCGCCAACAACGUGGUCUAUAAGCAGUAUGAGGACAUGGUCGUGGAGUCUUGUGGCUGCAGGUAG